AUAAUACAAAAACUUGAACAAUUUGCAUUUCAAGAUGUCGUCUCAGCAUAGGAAGAAUCGUUCUUCUCGUCAUCAUCAUGAACCAAUAAUAGAGAAUCAAGACAGUAAUAGUAAUAACAGUACUGGAAUAAUAAAUAUAAUAACUUCUAAAAAACAAGGCAUAAAUACUUUUGCGAAUGAUGGAAGUUUUCUUGAGCUGUUUAAAAAGAAAAUGGAGGAAGAGGCAAAAGGUGAGACCAGUGGCACAUCUGAUGGUGAGGGGAACAAAAGUGCCGACGAAAAGUUGAAGAAGCCAGAGAGUUCAGUAAAGCGACGGAUGAAUAAAGUGCUCAAGACAGGCAUGGUUAAGAAGCAGAAGACGGAGGAUUCCCACGAGGAACCUCCACCUCAGAGUGAUGCUUGGGCACGUUACAUGGCAGAAGUAAAGAAGUAUAGACAACAAGCUUGUGAUGAGGAUGGCAAAACUCGUCCUCUUGUAAAAUAACAAAGAUUGCACUAACUGUAAAACUGUAUAUAUAUUUUUUAUUAUCUGAUAUAAUAAGGUUUUUGUUUUAUUCCCACAAUAUUUUCUAUAGUUUAUAUUUCUACUUGUGUUGAUGUCUAUUCUGUGAUGUUCUGUUGAACCUGUAGAUAAAUAAAAUUUUAAAAAAUUC